AAGCAGUCAGAUUGCGAACUACCCGGCAGCAUCCGGCAGAUUUGUUUAUUCAGAGCCAUCGCGCGAUGAAAUUGGAAAAUUUUUCCUUUCUCACCUUGAAAUACUGUUUGCCUUAUAAACAGGACACUAUUGGAUUCCUCCAUUGAAAGUCCAAGACAUUCAUCAGCUCAUUGGACUCACGUGGAGCAGAAAUCUUUGAAAUUUGCGCACCAUUCGUUUGACGUUGUAUGAUAAAGAUUCUUCUGCCCUUUUAUAGCCCUUGUAAUAGCAAUCCUUCUUUGUCUAAAUUGCUAAGCAGACUUUGAGAGUUGGAGCCAUGUUCUUCAACAUUCUUGCUGUGCUCUCUCUGCUACCAGUUUUGGCUUACGCGCAAGAUGCCAGUUUUGUGCACAGCGGUUUCCGAUCGGCCAAACUGAGCCUCGAUGGGAUCGCCGGGGUCACCUCCAAUGGCCUCCUGAAGCUGACCAACGACACCAGACAGCAGAAGGGCCAUGCCUUCCAUCCCGAGCCGGUCCAGUUCAAGAACUCGCCGAACGGCUCUGUUUUCUCCUUCUCCACCGCAUUCGUCUUUGCGAUUCAACCGCAGUACGCGACUCUGAGCGGCCAUGGGAUCGUCUUUGUGGUCGCGCCCCAGAGAGGCCUCCCCGGGUCCCUGCCCAGCCAAUACCUCGGCAUGUUCAACGAAACCAACAACGGCAACGACACCAAUCAUGUGUUUGGGGUGGAACUUGACACGAUCCUCAGCAGCGAGUUUCAGGACAUCAACGACAAUCAUGUCGGAAUCGACUUGAACGGGUUGAAAUCAGCAAACUCAACUCCGGCAGGGUAUUAUGCAGAUGGUGGGGCGUUCAAGAAUUUGACUCUAAUCAGCAGCAAAGCAAUGCAAGUUUGGGUGGACUACGAUGCAACUGAAACGCGGAUCGAUGUCACAUUGGCUCCGGUCGAUGUGCAAAAACCGAAGACUCCCCUUCUCUCUCUGAGGCAGGAUCUCUCAUCCAUCAUCAACCAGAGCAUGUAUGUCGGCUUCUCGUCAUCGACCGGUUCAGUCCUAACUUCUCACUAUGUUCUGGGCUGGAGCUUCAGGGUAAAUGGAGAGGCACAGGCACUUGCCCUGUCCCAACUUCCUAAGCUUCCUCGGAUUGGUAAGAAGAAGACGUCGGAAGUGCUGACUAUAGGGCUACCACUGAUGGUCCUUUUCGUUAUAUCGAUGCUGAUCUCGAGCGUAGUUUAUGUAAUAAGAAGGAAAAGGAAAUUCGCAGAGGUCCUCGAAGAUUGGGAGAGGGAUUACGGCCCACACCGGUUCAAAUACAAGGAUCUCUAUAUCGCAACAAAAGGAUUCCGGGAGCAAGAGCUAUUAGGGACGGGUGGGUUCGGUCGAGUCUACAGAGGGAUCUUACCCACAUCGAAGAUAGAGAUCGCGGUGAAGAGGGUCUCCCAUGAAUCGAGACAAGGCAUGAGGGAAUUCGUAGCGGAGAUCGUCAGCAUCGGUCGGCUUCGUCACCGCAACAUAGUCUCGCUUCUCGGUUACUGCCGCCGGAAAGGGGAGUUGCUCUUGGUGUACGACUACAUGCCCAAUGGGAGCCUCGACAAGUACCUCUAUAGCCAACCAAAGGUCACCCUCAAUUGGGGGCAAAGAUUCAGGGUGAUCAAAGGAGUGGCGUCUGGGCUGCUCUAUCUGCACGAAGGGUGGGAGCAAGUGGUGAUCCACAGGGAUAUAAAGGCAAGUAACAUCUUGCUGGAUGCCGACUUAAAUGGAAGACUCGGAGAUUUCGGGCUGGCGAGACUGUACGACCACGGAUCUGACCCGCAAACGACUCACGUGGUAGGAACGCUCGGUUAUCUCGCCCCUGAGCACACGCGAACCGGCAAGGCCACUAGGAACACGGACGUGUAUGCCUUUGGCGCGUUUUUGCUCGAGGUCGCCUGCGGGAGAAGGCCUAUAGAGCUUCGGGAGGCGGAGGACGUGAUACUAGUGGACUGGGUAUUUGCUUGCUGGGACCGAGGUGCCAUUCUCGAGGCAAGAGAUCCGAACUUGGGGGUGGAGUUUGUGGAAGAAGAGAUGGAGUUGGUGCUGAAACUCGGGUUGACGUGUUCCCACUCCGACCCGUUGAUGAGGCCGAGCAUGCGUCUAGUGUUGCAGUACUUGGAGGGUGAUCUCCCGAUGCCGGAAUUGUCGUCCGUCGGCCUUUCCUCCGGCGGGCUAACGUACGCUCAUCGCGAAGGUUUUGAUGAUGUGGCCAUGUCUUAUCCGUCCUCCAUGUACAAGGCAUUCGCGCACUCGUCUUCUUCUGUCGCAGAAUCGCAUCUCUCAGGUGGACGAUGAGCCUCAUGGUUUAGUUCCUAAUUUAAAUUCUAUCCUCUUGUAGAAAUCGAUUAGCUGUAAGAUGAGAUCAUGUGCAGAUCUAGAAUACGUAGGGUCUACGAGUCAUUCGGGUACUUAGUCCACGUAAGUAUCGCUAAAAUACACGCUGUCAUUUGUGAUA